GGCCAGACAAAGCCGCCCGCCUGUCCCUGUGUGUAAUGUGCGUUAACGCCCUCCAGUGAAGCCCCAGCCCAGGAGGAGAGACAGGCGUUAUUAAAACGACCUCCUUUUCAGAGCUUUUUAUUCUCCUCUCACAAAGGAUUAGCGGCCGUGCGGGAAUUCCGCCCUCCGGUCCUCAUUGAGCUCCAGAGCCGGACAGGCCCCGCCCCCCUCUCAUUUGUCAACAAAGGGGUUUGACAAGCGCGCGGAAGCCCAGCCCCCAUGUUUCCUUAAAAGGAUGUUUUGGCCAACAGUCAGACCGAGGCUAACCUUUCCCUUCCCCAUCCCCUUCAUAUGGUGCGUUGACUUCCUCCGUCGGCGUUAAAGCAGAGCGAUCAUGGCGGAGCGCGUACAGCAGCCCCCGGCCAAGCGGCUCUGCUGUAGACCGGGCUACAGUGCAACAUGUAGACCAGGCCAGCGGGCCGCGGGGGCGCCGUGUGGCGGCUCUGCUGCCGCGCAGGGCGAAUCUAGCAAAACCCAGAGCCCGGAGACCCUCCUGGACAUCGCGGCGAGGAAAGUCGCGGAGAAGUGGCCGUUCCAGCGGGUGGAGGAGCGCUUCGAGCGGAUCCCGGAGCCCGUCCAGAGACGGAUCGUCUACUGGUCUUUCCCGAGGAGCGAACGGGAGAUCUGCAUGUACUCGUCGUUCAACACCGGCGGGGAGGAUAUGGGAAGUAGCGGGGAGAACGGCGACGAGACGCGGCUGCCUUUCCGACGGGGCAUCGCUCUGCUGGAGAGCGGCUGCGUGGACAACGUACUGCAAGUGGGGUUUCACCUCAGUGGCACAGUAAGAGAACCGGCCACAUCCUCAGAGCCGGAGCUGGUCUGCAAUGUGAGUGUCAGCUUUGACCGCUGCAAAAUCACAGCAGUAACAUGCAGCUGCGGCAACAAGGAUAUCUUCUACUGCGCUCAUGUUGUGGCGCUGUCGUUGUACCGGGUACGGAAGCCGGAGCUGGUCAAACUGCGCCUGCCCAUUUCAGAGACUCUAUUCCAGAUGAACAGAGACCAGCUACAGAAGUUUGUUCAGUACCUGAUCACAGUCCAUCACACAGAGGUGCUCCCAACAGCGCAGAAACUUGCCGAUGAAAUACUGUCGCAGAACUCUGAGAUCAACCAGGUCCACGGAGCUCCAGAUCCGACGGCAGGGGCCAGCGUGGACGAUGAGAACUGCUGGCAUCUGGAUGAGGAACAAGUUCAGGAACAGGUCAAGCUCUUUCUCUCCCAGGGCGGGUACCAUGGCUCGGGGAAGCAGCUCAACUUACUGUUCAGCAAGGUGAGAGAGAUGCUGAAGAUGAGGGACUCCAAUGGAGCUCGUAUGUUAACGCUGAUCACAGAGCAGUUCAUGGGUGACCCCAGACUGGCACUGUGGAGGCAACAGGGGACCACCAUGACUGACAAGUACAGACAGUUAUGGGAUGAACUAGGGGCCCUGUGGAUGUGCAUCGUGCUGAACCCCCACUGUAAACCUGAGCAGAAGAGUUUCUGGCUUCGACAGCUUCGCAGGUGGAACAGUGUGGACGUCUGCCCCUUGGAGGAUGGUAACCAUGGCAGCGAGCUGACCAAUCUGACCAAUGCUCUGCCCCAGGGCCCCCCUGGCAAUCCAGAUUCAUUGACUCGGCCUCACCGGACAGUGUUCACAAGGGCCAUCGAGGCCUGUGACCUGCACUGGCAAGACCCCCACCUGCAGCACAUCAUCACUGAAGACCACUACACCAACUACUGUUACCAUGACAACCUCAACAGCUCCCUCUUUGACGCCCGAGGGUGGCCCCUGUGGCAUGAGCAUGUUCCAACGGCGUGCGCACGAGUAGACGCCCUGCGAUCACAUGGUUACCCCAAGGAAGCACUCAGGCUGGCCAUUGCAAUAGUCAACACUCUGCGGAGGCAACAGCAGAAACAGCUGGAGUUUUUCCGCACUCACAAAAAAGAGCUGCUCCAUAAAGGCGUCACAUCAGUCACCAACCUGGAGGGGUGGGUGGGCCAUCCUCUGGACCCCAUUGGUACACUGUUCAGCACCCUCAUAGAGACGGGACGAGGCGGUGAAGAGAGUUCCGCAGCCCUACAUGACUUCCCAGGAUCACUGGGUUCAGGCAGAAGGUCGGAGCAUCAUGUUUUCUCAGUGCACCGCUUUUUAGAAGAAGGCGAGACAUUUGUGUCACUGGCUGUAGAGACGGCUCUGAUUGGCUUAGGGCAGCAGAGGGUGAUGCCAGAUGGACUUUACGCCCAAGAGAAAGUGUGUCGUAACGAAGAGCAGCUAUUGGCCAGGCUUCAGGAAGUGGAGUUAGAUGAAACGCUAGUGAAGAUCUUCCGGAAGCAAGCUGUUAUUUUGCUAGAGGCUGGUCCUUACAGUGGCCUGGGGGAGUUACUGUACAGAGAAAGCGUCCCCAUGCACACUUUUGCCAAGUAUCUCUUCACGUCGCUGCUACCUCACGAUGCCGACCUGGCGUACAAAAUUGCACUGAGGGCCAUGAGGUUGCCGGUCCUAGAGUCCAUGGGCCCCUCCGGUGACCUGUCCAGGCCCCACCACAUAGUGUCAGUGGUGUCCAACCGCUACCCUCGCUGGUUCACUCUCAGCCACAUAGAGUCCCAACAGUGUGAACUGGCCUCCACCAUGCUCACUGCUGCUAAAGGUGAUGCUCGUAAGCUAGAAACAGUAUUAGAAUCUAUCCAGAAGAACAUCCACUCCUCAUCCCAUAUCUUCAAACUGGCCCAGGAUGCCUUUAAAAUUGCCACGCUCAUGGACACUCUGCCAGACAUCACACUGCUCAAAGUUUCCCUGGAGCUUGGCCUUCAGGUGAUGAGAAUGACGCUGUCCACCUUGAACUGGCGGAGGAGAGAGAUGGUGCGGUGGCUAGUAACGUGUGCUACGGAAGUUGGUGUUUUUGCAUUGGACAGCAUCAUGCAGAACUGGUUCACGCUCUUCACACCUACAGAGGCCACCAGCGUUGUUGCAAGCACAGUCAUGUCCAACAGCACCAUUGUCCGUCUUCAUUUGGACUGCCAUCAGCAGGAGAACUUGGCCAACUCUGCUCGGACCCUGGCCCUGCAGUGUGCCAUGAAGGACCCCCAAAACUGUGCCCUCUCAGCUCUGACGCUCUGCGAGAAGGACCACAUUGCCUUCGAGACAGCCUAUCAGAUUGUACUGGAUGCAGCCGCCACAGGAAUGAAUUACACACAGCUGUUUACAAUAGCACGUUACAUGGAGCACCGUGGUUAUCCUAUGAGGGCGUACAAACUAGCAACGUUAGCCUUGACUCACCUCAACCUCAGCUAUAACCAAGACACACACCCGGCGAUCAACGAUGUCCUCUGGGCAUGCGCUCUAAGUCACUCACUGGGGAAAAAUGAACUAGCAGCUGUUAUUCCCCUGGUGGUGAAGAGCGUUAAAUGUGCCACUGUCCUUUCAGACAUUUUGCGGCGAUGCACGUUGACGACACCAGGGAUGGUGGCACUGCAUAGCCGAAGAAACUCUGGGAAGCUGAUGUCUCUGGACAAGGCUCCGCUCAGGCAGCUACUGGACGCCACGAUUGGGGCUUACAUUAACACGACGCACUCACGGCUGACUCACAUCAGCCCAAGGCACUAUAGUGAGUUCAUCGAGUUCCUAAGUAAAGCCAGAGAGACAUUUCUCAUGGCACAUGACGGACACAUCCAGUUCACACAAUUCAUAGACAACCUGAAACAGAUAUACAAGGGCAAGAAGAAACUCAUGAUGCUUGUUCGGGAGAGAUUUGGUUAAAAGAGCAUCAACAACCAAAUCAGCUUUACUUGAGUCUUCUUUUUUAUCCUUUGUAACUUGAAGUAAAAACAUAUGAAGCCCCAAAGUGUUACAUGUUAAAUAAUCAAGACAUGAUGAGACAACAUAAAAUAUAUCAAUGACAGAACUGUGUAAAUAUAGAAACGGUAAUUUGCUAAAUAAUGAAAACCAUUAUUAAAACUCACACCAUUAAUAUAAAGUAGUUUUUUAUUAUAUUCAUUUUAAAUAAAACAGUUUUUUUAUUUUAUUAGUUACUGCAUUUAUCUUUUAUUUCAUGUAUUUUUUCCUAACAGGCUACAGUAGCUCAUGCAAGAUCAACACAGGAAAAGAAUUUGGAUUUCAGUAUUUCUUGAAAAUAAACUGAUAAAUAUGAUUUAAAAAAAAAAAAAAAAAAAAGCUACAGCUCUGCAUUUAUCACUUAAUUGCUGUUGUUAACAUUUAUUUUUCACAACCAGCCUAGUUUGUUAGCUAACAAUGUAGUUAGCUAAGUAGCUAGGCCAAGCUUCCAACCUAUCCUCCAUACUGCUAAGUUAUAUCUAGCGUGGGUGGCUUUUUGUUCAUGAAAAAGGAAAAGUACAUGCACUGUUUUAAUUUACAGCGUCACCAAAUUUUAAUUCAAAUUAAAGUUACUACACUGAACAGAUAGCCAUAAGCAGCCGUACCAUGAAUAUCAUUUUAAAACCAAAAAAAAAAUUGAAAAUGGGAAUUUUAAAAUUCAAUAUUAUUAUUGAAUUGAGUUCUCAAAUAAUACAUAUUACUACUAUUGUAUUUUUGAGGUGAGUGUUUCAUGUUUAAUAUUGAACACUUUGGGGCUUCAUAAAAAUAUGUCUCCUAUUAUUUCUGACCGCUGGGUCAAAUGUAAUUAUAAACAGGGGCAAACAUGUUGAAUUUAGACUGUAAUGUGAAAAGUCUGUGAGAGCUCAACCAAGUGUUGACAGAUUCUUGGUGGACAAUUCAGAAUGCUCAUACUGUCAAACAUGUAAGAAAUUAGAUAUAAAACCUUUUUAGGGUAAACUUAAAAAAAACUCAAACUCAAAAAAGUGACAAGUAUGAAGAUGAAGAAGAAAAACUAAAAGGACUAUAAACCAUAAAAGCAACACCUGGUAUUGCUGUGUAUGAAACUGUUGCAGAAGAAGAGAACUGUCAAUUUGUGAAAGCUCGUGUUUCCCUUUAUAUGUAUGAAAGUGAGAGAAUAAGAGUUUUACACUGAAAAUAUACUGUAUUGUCCAGUGGCAAAAUGUCCACCUUGCACUCCUCCUACUUUCCUCAGCUAAUGUUCACAGCCUCAAAGAGAAGAGAAAUGGCUUUAAACCAAAUGGAGCAACUCCAUCUGAAGUGACAAGUACCUCUUUUAAAGGAUCCAGCUUUACUCUCCCAUCUGCUCAGUGUAGUAAAACUGCACGUCUGAAUUAAGGAGAAACUCCAGAAUCCAUUCACUGGUUCGACAUUUGUUUCUGUCAUCUUUGGGCUGAUUAGUUUGGCUUUGCAGUGUUGUUCACAAAGACUGUUCAGUAUCCUUAUUUUACAGACAAAUCUGUCUCGGAAACACAAAAAUAAACUGUCACAGUGCUUGACCUUGUGGAAACAUGGCAACUGUCAACAUACAUUCUCAGGGAUUUCUCUAAAGAAAAAGCAGACAAAAAAGAAAAAAAACAAAAGCA